AUGGACAGCCAUAGUUUACCGGAGCUACUAAUUGUGGAACCAACUCAAGAAGGAUUAAUUUUGGAUCAGCCAGGGCUGGAAGUUGGAAAUAAACUUCCUCAGUUGCAAGACGCAAGCCAAAAUAUUGUACAUGCAUUGAGCACCAAUGCCAAAGGCCGAAGGAUAAGAAUAUGUGGGAUCAAAAGAAGAACAUUUGUUAUGGUUGUCACGUUUGCCAUUAUAGUUUCCAUCGUCGCAAUCGUAGCAGGAGCAGUGACAGGAACAAGGGAAAGAGACGAACAGAGAAUUCCUCCCAGGGUACGUCACCAGGGGCAAAUACAACCGCCAAGCCUGACGAUAGUAUCUCCCCUUCCAUGCUCAUAGCAAACUCAUCAAUCGCAUCGAUCAACUGGACUGACUUUGCCCAAAUUCAAUAUCGUGGGGUACUCUAUCAAAACACGACAAACACACUCAUAUUCUCUGUCUGGGAUUCACGAAGCAAUAACUGGACAACCUCUCCCGUGAUGAUAGUAGGAAAGCAAAAUCAACCGAUACUCCAUGGAACAACAAUCGCGGCAACUGUAGGCCAUCUCCCCUUCAACUGAUCUAGGCCAAAUGACUCCACCAAACCGAGCUAUGAUAGUACCAUCUUCCAGAUCGGGGUGUACGUCUACUCAGUAGACAACACCAUAAUAGAGUUUGUCACCAACGACUUUCAAAACUUUAGCUGGAAACGUGGUGCAUUAACCAACGGAAAGAUAAAUGGCAUGGAGGGGUCUAAGCUGUCAGCAGCCUGGCAGAGAUAUACUGACCUGUAUCCCGAGUGUUACAAUGGGUUUGUUGUCCUAUACCAGGAGGAGAAUCGAACCCUUAAAGCCAUGGGAUUCAACACUUCUGUAGCGAAAUCGACGGACGGAGUAGUUAGAUGGGAUGUCCUCCCUGACAUUGCAUUUCCCAACGCAGCUCCUAGUACGGCGGCAGCAUUGAUUCCACUUGCUGAUCUUACAACGGCAAAGGUUCCAAAUCUGCUUGGGUUAUGCGGAAAGUAA